CCGGAGCGUGACAGAAAUCAUAUUCAAGUGAAUCAGGCCUUCAAUCUGGCGAAAUGGUUGCGGGACCAGAAUGUCACUCCGCCCGAGUUGAGGACCAAAAGUGCAAUUCACGCUGUAAGAUUAUCAUGGCGGGAGAACCCAAACGGCGACAAAUAAUAUAUCAGACAUAUUCACUGCGACGGAGUCGACGGUAGGGUUUCAAAUUUUAAAACAGGCGGAGUCAGCCGGCGGCUAUUAGGGCAUUUCGUCGGCCCAUGCUGCCCGGCCGGGAGAGCCUCAUCCGCCUCGUCGGGAAGCGGCGGCGGCGCUCCUUCUCUCCGCACCUCUCCCGCCUUCUUCUCCGCCCGCAGAGCCCUCCUGAUGCUCCUCCUGCGGAAGAGGGAGAUGUAGAGCGGCAGCGCCAAGUGUACGCGAAAGAGGGGAACGACAGCCGGGACGACGUGGACUGGGUUUCUUGCCCCGUUUGUGGCAGCUCCGUUCGAGGGACGAAUUACAACGUAAACAACCAUCUGGAUCUUUGUCUAACCAGAGGUACUAAAAGAAAGUUAACACAGCGCACCCUUCUUCAAUUUAAAUUCUCCCCACACUCUAAAAUUCAACGUAGCUUGGAUGAUCUGGACCAGAAUGAGGAGAAUGUGGCAGAUACAGAGCCAUUUGAUGAGGAUAAAUCAAGAAAUAGACUUGUCUCGUGUAGAUAUAAUACCGCUGAAAGUACUGGACAGAACAGUUCGACAUCAGGCCCAUCAGACCACCCUAACAAUUUUCAAUACAUUUUGGAUGUCUGUAAUGAUGGUCUACUUUCUGAAGCUCCUCUAGCAGGAGUAAAUGUAGCAGACAAUGGUAAGAUGAGUGUGAUAACCAUCGAUUCAUCCGAGACUGGAGAUGCUGACUCUAGGGUAGCACUUGAAACAUUUAUUGUUGGACGGAGAUUUUAUGAUGAUGUUGAGUUGCAACAAGGUGCAAAGAUCACUAUUUUGAGAGACUCCCAAAAUGCCAAGGACAAGCAUGCUAUCAAGGUGCUUUCUGCAGGUUCUGAACGCUUGCAGAUGCUUGGGUAUUUGCCUCGGGAAUUGGCUAAAUAUUUGGCUCCUUUGCUGGAUAGUGGUUACAUAGAAUGUGAGGGAUUUGUGAGUGCUCUACCCAAACGACCACUUGACGUUGUUCCCAUUCAGCUAAACUGCAAGAAAACUUUAAAUGGUGAAAUGAGUUUUGAUGAUCAGCAGAGGUUUGAAUCCUUGUUGAAAAAUACCCUUGUUGCCGUUGAAGAUGGAAAAAUGCAUCCCCCUAGUUCGACAAGAUACCAGAAAAAUUUUCUUCUAAUGAUAGAAGAUGUUUUGAACAGUCAUGCUCACCUAUUCACAGAAGAGGAAAAGUCAUUACUAGCAACCUUUAGUUCAUUAUCUGAUGAUAGUCAAAGGCUUUUCAUCCGGCUCUAUACUCGAAAAGGGCCAUGGUUUAGGAUAAGCAGCAUAUCUUAUCCAGAAAUAUCAGAUCCACUAGUAGCAAUUGAGGAAUUACAAGUGGCUGGUUUUGUUUACUCACUUUCUUACUCCAAUGAACCAUUUUGUUAUGAAAUGAAGGAAGUUCUUCACUUGCUUCCUGUUUCUGAAAUGCGAGAAAUCUUAGUGGCUGAACUUCCCAAGGAGGGCAUAAACAUUUCUCGUAGACAGGAGCUCAUUAACAUUCUUUCUUCUGCAUAUGAAGAAGGAAAAUGCCCAGUGCUACCAAAAUUAGUACUGAAACGGAUAGGCACGUGUGUAAGAAUUUCUACUGCAGCUGAUGAAGUUCUGUGGCGUGUCCUGAGACUCUUUUUCCUGAAUGGUGAGCAAGAUCUUUCGGCCUUUUUAUUGGUUGAUCUUGGAUUGGUAAAGUUUCCAGACUAUGUCUGCCGUGUUUCUCAUCAAAUAUUUCGGGAUAGAAGGGAUCUUCUUGAAUAUGAAGAGGCUAUUCAUGUAGCCCAAACAAUGGAUGAAUCUCUAGAUGACAACAACAUGGAGAUAGUGGCAAGAUGCAUUAAUGUAUCUGAGAAUCAAAUUCGUACCAUAAUAGAAGAAACUCCUUUGAACUCUGACUCUCCUCCGGCAUUCUUUUCAUGUUUCUCAGCUUCCUGGGUCUACUCCAAAGUGCUUACUCUGGGUGUUUCUGUUUAUGAACGUGAACGUAGGUAUGAAGAUGCAAUAGGGCUUCUGAAGGGUCUACUUAGCAGAAUAACUUCUGAUAGCGGAAGAGGAUAUUGGACGCUGAGGCUGUCUGUUGAUUUGGAACACAUGGGCCGCCUCAAUGAGAGCCUUUUAGUAGCAGAGGAAGGAGUUCUUGAUAAGUGGGUUCGGGCUGGCUCAAAAAUGGCACUGCAAAGGAGAGUGCUUCGUCUGUGCAAACCACCACGCCGCUGGAAAACACCGAAUUAUGCUGAAUCAAUUAAGAGAAUUAUUAAGGAGGUUAAUAUUAUGGGAAGGCCUUUAAUUUGUGAAGUAGGAGCAAAGAAUGUAUUUUAUGGUUAUGAUGGUAAGCUGUGUGGGGUGGAGCAGCUUGCUUUGCAAUAUUAUGCUGAAGAAGGGGGUGGGUGGCGAGGAAUUCAUUCAGAAAGCGGCAUUUGGAUGACUAUUUUUGGCCUUCUCAUGUGGGAUGUUUUAUUUGCCGAUAUUCCUGAUGUAUUUCGGUCUAAAUUUCAGGUUGCUCCUCUAGACCUCGACACAGAUGACUUCUACGAAGUGAGAAAGAGUCUCAUAGAAACUCAAUUGAAAAGGAUACAUGAGGGCAUGGCCGAAGAGAUAUUGAUCAGUUCGUGGGAAUUACAUCACGGUACAUCAUGCCGGGGUGUCCGCUGGGACAGUCAUUCUCCAUCCGACCUACGAGCUGCAGUCUCAUGCAUAGGGGGCCGCUGCUUGGCUUCUCUGUGCCGCCAUCUGGCUCUCGAUUAUAGAAAUUGGUCGAGCGGCAUGCCUGACCUCCUGCUAUGGCGCUUUCAUGGAGAUAACACUAAUAAAACUGGCGGCGGCGGUGGUGGCGGCGAGGCCAAGCUCGUGGAAGUGAAAGGUCCGAGAGAUCAGCUGUCGGAGCAGCAGCGUGCGUGGAUGCUACUGCUAAUGGACUGCGGCUUUGAUGCUGAAGUCUGCAAAGUGAGUCCCGCCCCAAAAGAUCAAUGACUUUCUGGAUUGAUCAUUUAUUGUUGUAUGUUUCGAAGUUUAAUGUUGUUCUUCAUAUGUAAAGAUUAUUCAUGCGGAUUGAAGCAGAAAUGAGUGGGAGGAAUUUUCUCAUUAAAGGUUUAUUUUAUACCUAUUCAUAUGGAAAAUUCAUUUUUUUUACUUUGCGGAGAAAAUGAAUGGAAAUAUGACAUAAAAAAUAUCA